UCAUCGACGAAAGUAACAAAACCAAGGACAAGGACAAGAAAAGUGCGAAUAUAACGAUUCUGUGAAACCGCAAACGUUCUCCGCGCUGUUUAUUCCAGCAUAAGCAUUCAUCGACAGAAGGUGCAAAAAAAAAAACUGGGAGUUGUUUGCCCCGUUGAAGAAAAUAACGUUCAGUGAAAACCCCGUCUGCCUCGGAUUCAGUAGUGCCCUUAUUGGAAAAUUAGUGUUUACUUCCGCCAAACGGAACCCUUUGUACGUAGAUCAAUCCGUUUUUUUUUAUUGUAUUCACCCGACGGGAGCAAAUCAACAAUCCAACGCCAGCAGCAAGAAUGGCCGAGAUGAAAGUGGAAAUCGACAGCGACGCUGAGCAGAACUAUUCCAUUGGCAGCAAUGUCGAUCCAAAGAACAUGCAAGAGCUGACGAUCUACGUCCAGAAUCUCCUUCAAAAUGUACAGGACAAGUUCCAAACCAUGUCGGACCAGAUCAUUUCCCGUAUCGACGACAUGGGCACCAGGAUAGAUGACCUGGAGAAGAGCAUUGCCGAUCUGAUGCAGCAAGCGGGUGUUGAAGGUGCCGAAAAGUAGACGUCUCUCAGGAAUCACUCGGAAUAAGGUAUAAGAUGUAAUCUGCUAUCUGCUACUAGGUUUAUGUUUAGAUUUUAUGCAAGCAUGCAUGAGCUAGUUCCGGCUUCCCUUCUCUAUACUGUUUGGACGAGCGACAUACAGGCGUGGCAUUUAUGGGAAAACUGAAUGAAUCCGGUAGGGUGCAGUAAUAUUGGGAGGGAAGUAUAACAUUAUCGACAAAAUUCACACAUUUUUUUUUGCAAUCACCUAGCAUUACGGGAAGAAGAGAGAAAAAUAACAAUCGGUACGAACGAAGUAAACCAAAAAACAAGAAUACAAAUUUAAAUAUAGAGCACCCAGUAACAAUA